AUGCCUGAAAGCCAAGGGCCAACUCCACCAGAGAUGGGCCUCUCACGGCUGUCGUGCGUUUCAUGCCGGGCCCGAAAACUGAAGUGCGAUCGUACCAUGCCAGCGUGCGUUCGGUGCUCCAACGUCGAUAACGAGUGUGUUUAUCCCGAGUCGAGGAGGAAGCGCAUCUAUAAGAGGGCAAAUGUGAAAGAAAUGGAGGAACAGCUAGCCCGCCUUGAACAGCAACUGAAUCUACAUAUAGUCAAUGGCGAGAAGAGCCGGGGCACUACAGGCACCAAAACCGCGCCUGACCCUCAGCCCAAAGAGAUGAGUACCACAAUCGAUGCACCGGAAUAUGAGUUGCCUGAUUCCGGGUCUGGCUACCAUUGGGUCUCUGAUGGCCAACUGAUAGACCUUGGAGUAUCAGAGCCGUUGCCGCCCUUCGAAGUAGUGGAAGAACUGCACGACAUCUAUUUCCGAAACCAGCACCAUUCGAUGCCGAUGCUGCAUCCCACGCUGUAUCUACAGGCCAUACAUGGGCCGCCUAACAAACGACCGCCGAUGUGCUUGCAGUACAUUGUCUGGGCUAUGGCAUCGAAAGGAAAUGAGAAAUAUGACUUCUAUGCAGAUGCAUUUUACAAGCGGGCGCGACAAUAUGCCAACAUGGAUGAGAUGCAGGGCGAUGGAGAUCAUUUGACCCUCCGCCAUUUGCAGGCAUUCAUACUUAUGGCCGGAUUUGAAGCAAAAUGCAUGCUCUUUACAAGAGCGUCUAUGAACUCGGCCAAAUCUGUCAGCCUCGUACACUCUCUAGGUUUUGAUAGAGUUGACGAUCCCGAUAUUUCGCCAGCAUCAACCACAGUGUCCGCAGCAAGCUGGAUUGAGAUUGAGCAGCAACGGAGAGCGUUCUGGGGCGCCUUUGCUGUUGAUGCACAUGCUAGUAUAUCCACGGGAUGGGCUAGUUUGAUAUACUCCAAUGACCUUAUGACGCGGCUUCCCGCAUCAGAAGAUGCGUUCUUAUCUGGACAGAUAGAAGAUGCUCCAUUUCUCGAUGAAGUCUUCCAGGGGGCUUCUCACUCUACUUUUGCUACCACACUUGUCAUCUGUCACAUCUUCAAAAUUACUCUAAACCAUACCUCUCGCCACUCACAUGGCGCUGCCUUCUGGAAGCGCCACAAGGACCUUGAUCAUAAGCUUUCCAGCAUUUUCAUGUUUCUACCGGAGCGGUUUCAGUCGCCAGAUUAUAAAAGUGACCCUGUCGCAGCCCAUACCAACCUAAACUUGCACGCCACCACCAUUUGCCUUCACUACGCGGCCGUUGAGAUAGUGGAUAAGCACAGUCACUCUGAAGCUACCAAACAGCAAAGCUUGAGUAGGAUGAGAAUCAGUGCGGAAGAGAUUGUGGAAGUAGUAAAGGCCAUCUCUCCCAAUUCAUUUAUAUAUAAAUCUGUGCUAUGCUCUCUGUCACUGUACUGCGCAGCAAGCGUGUACAUCUACCUUGCCAGGGAUAAUCCGGUCGAAGGAUUACCUGCAAAUGAGUUGGCUAACUUUGAGAUGAUUCUCCGGUCUAUGGAAACCACCGGUCACGACCAUAAGAUCACACGAGCUCUGUUGCUCCAAGUCUACCGAGAUGCGGAACGUUACGGACUAAGUUCUAUCCUGCAUUUGCCUGAUACUGGACAGGUCACAGAAGUUGAGCUAGGAUAUUGUCCGAGCGUUUUCAUGAGCGUGAAAAUCGCCAUGAUAAGGCAACCCAUCUUUAGUCCUCUCCAGGUGGGAAGGCUGCCGUUGGGAGCAGGAGAUCUGGCCUUUCAAGACUUGACGUAUAAUACCUUGGAGAAUUCGUUGGACCUACCAGAUACUAGCACAUACACGGAAGGCAGCACAAGUACUGGACAGCAUAUCCAAGAUGUCUCAAUGCCUUUAUGGCCGCAGAGCGGCAAUGACUUCUCAUCACAGAUGUUGGAAUCAAUGACGAGUCACGACCCUACUCUGAAUGAUGGCUUCGAAUUGGAACUUCUAUAA